UGGAGGAGGGACUCCAUCAUUGACCAGUGAAGACGGAACAAGAGCGUCUUAAACCAUCAGAGUGUUGAACAUGAGAGUCCAUCAGACUUUGAUCUGCUUCUUCUUCCUCAAACUGACGGAUGGAUUCUCUUUUCAUAAAGAUAUCGGUGUCCGUGAAGGAACUGAAGGAGGAAACAUCGAAGUUGGAUGCAGCUUUACAUCUUCUGGAAGAAGGAAGGUUUUCUGUAGAAAGGACUGUGAAGAUGAAGACAUUCUUUGCAACACCACAGAUGUCAGUGCUCAGUGUGGCAGAUACAGCAUUGAAUUAAGAAAAAAUGAACUAUUGUCUACAGUUUUUUAUGUGAGCAUCACAAAUUUGACAAAGUCUGACUCUGGAUCGUACACAUGUUGGUUGGAUAGAUACUUGCCUCCAGAUUCAACUAAGACGUUUGAGCUCAGAGUUAAAGAUGCAACAACCACCUCUAAACCAAACACGACUCCUAAACCAUCAUCGACCCGCUCGACCUCCACACUGACCACAGCGCAGACUGUGAGCGUCAGUUCAGGAAGCACCACGACUUCAUCACACUCGUCUAACACAACCACGACUGAGCAGCUCUCAUCAGCUUCUGGUUCAGGUCUUCUGUUGUAUUUGGGUCUGAGUCUUUUCAUCCUCAUCGUCAUAUUAUCAGCCAUCCUGCUGAUGUUCUGCAGGAAGAGGACCAGAGAACCCAAAGGACCCCCUGUUCAAACAGAGUAUGCUGAAAUCCAAGAGAACAACCGAGUGUACGAGGAGAUCAGAGAGGGGCACAGAUCUCCUGUUGUGGAAGUUUCAACAGUUUACAGCUGUGCUAAAUUUGCCAAACCGAACGGGGUUGAAACCACGGAUGACUACAGCCUCCUAACUGCAGCAGGUUCUCACAACAAAACCGUCGAUGACUCGAGUAAACUCAACUACUCUGAGGUGGAUUUCUCCAACAGCCAAGCUGCCUCUCGUAACAGCGCCCCCUCUGGUGGAGCAAAAGAUGAUGUCAUCUACUCUGUGCCCCGGGCAGAAGCUAGCUCAGAGAACACUUUGGCUCCUCUGUACUCUACCGUUACUUUAAAUUAGCUUUAGCUUCAAUGCUAUCAGCGCAGCAUUUAUUCUCAGGUUACAGUUCAACAAUUAUCUGUUUUUCUUUUGGCAAACUGUGAUAGGUUAAGAUUUUUAUUAACAGAGCUGCAUAAAAAAAUAGCUUCAAGUCAGAGCUACUAUUGCUAUGGAAACAGUAAAGGUCCAAUAUGUAAGAUGGAGCAGUACCCAUUUUGAACACCAGGUGUCAGAGUUACAUAUUGGUUAUUUAAGUUGAGCUUUUCUUAGUUUUUACAAGAUAUUUAGCAUAAAUUAUUUUGUUAAAUGUUUAUUUUUCUGAAGGCACAAGUUAUACGUUACAGUUAAGUUAUUGAGCGGCUAAUUUUGUGUUAACAGAGACUUUGUCAUCAAGGAUUUUUAUUGAGAACUUUGCGCAAACAAAUUACAGUAAUGUGCAGUAAAGUGUUCAGCAGGUGACAAACACGUUUCUGAAAUGGAGGGUUAAAUAUUCAUGUUUGGUUUAUUGUUAAUGAUGGAGGGACGACCAGUUUUACUGUUUAUUCAAACUUAUUGCAUUUCCCAUCACCUCUAUUUGUGCAGAUAGUUAUCAGUUUUAAUGUUACUGGUAAAUAAAUAAAAAAGUCUGCAGGCAAAAUGAA